GACUCUAAUUUUGCUAUUUUUUUAGUUAUAAUUAUUUCUACGCAACAGACAAAUACGAAUCCAACUAUUAAACAGCAACCAAGAAACGGACUCCUCGUCCUCCAGAUCUGCACACCCCCUCCUCUGCUCUCUCUCUCCCUCAGUCGGAGGCCAUGGCGUCUCGUAGAUCCCCGGCAGUCCUGGCGAUCUCUGCGAUCUUCCUACUUCUCGUCCAUGGCGCCCACUCCUUCUACCUCCCCGGCGUCGCUCCGGAGGACUUCAUCAAGGGAGAUGUUUUGAAAGUUAAAGUGAAUAAAUUGACAUCCACAAAGACUCAGCUUCCUUACUCAUUUUACUCUCUCCCUUACUGUAAACCUGAGAAGAUUGUGGACAGUGCAGAGAAUCUUGGGGAAGUGCUUCGUGGUGACCGAAUUGAGAACUCCCCCUAUGUGUUUAAAAUGCGGGAGGCUCAGAUGUGCAACAUUCUUUGCCGGUUGACACCUGAUGCCAAAAUUGUGAAGCGGUUUAAGGAGAAGAUAGAUGACGAGUAUCGAGUGAACAUGAUCCUUGAUAAUCUACCUCUAGUCGUUCCCAUUCAAAGGCGAGAUCAAGAAGCUCCUACUGUUUAUCAGCUUGGAUUCCAUGUUGGGCUCAAAGGCCAUUAUGCUGGGAGCAAAGAAGAGAAGUACUUCAUCCACAACCAUCUGGCAUUUACUGUGAAAUACCAUAGAGAUUCGCAAACUGAAACAGCAAGAAUUGUGGGAUUUGAGGUUAAACCGUUCAGUGUUAAACAUGAAUACGAAGGGAAAUGGAAUGAUGCACAGACUCGUUUAACUACCUGUGACCCCCAUUCGAAACACACUGUUGUUAAUUCUAACUCUCCUCAAGAGGUUGCCGAGAAGCAAGAAAUCAUUUUUACCUAUGAUGUUGAAUUCCAGGAGAGUGAUGUGAAGUGGGCUUCCAGAUGGGAUGCUUAUCUACUGAUGAGUGACGACCAAAUCCAUUGGUUUUCAAUUGUCAACUCAUUGAUGAUUGUCCUCUUCCUUUCGGGUAUGGUAGCGAUGAUUAUGCUAAGAACACUCUACCGUGAUAUCUCCAAGUAUAAUGAACUUGAGACCCAGGAAGAAGCGCAAGAAGAGACAGGAUGGAAACUUGUCCACGGGGAUGUUUUCAGGGCUCCAAAUAACUCUGAAUUGCUGUGUGUAUAUGUUGGAACUGGUGUUCAGUUCUUUGGAAUGAUACUGGUGACAAUGAUCUUUGCUGUCCUUGGUUUCCUCUCCCCAUCGAACCGGGGUGGUCUUAUGACUGCAAUGCUCUUGCUUUUUGUCUUCAUGGGAAUUUUCGCCGGUUAUGCCUCUGCUCGCUUAUACAAGAUGUUUAAAGGUACAGAAUGGAAGAAAAUUGCUUUCAGGACUGCAGUCAUGUUCCCAGCAACCGUCUCUGCCAUUUUCAUUGUCUUGAACACUCUAAUUUGGGGCCAGAAAUCAUCUGGAGCUGUGCCAUUCGGCACAAUGUUUGCCCUGGUCUUUUUAUGGUUCGGAAUCUCAGUCCCACUCGUAUUUGUGGGAGGCUAUGUUGGAUUCAGGAAGCCAGCACUUGAGGAUCCAGUGAAGACAAACAAAAUCCCAAGACAGAUCCCAGAACAAGCCUGGUACAUGAACCCAAUUUUCUCGAUUCUAAUUGGAGGGAUCCUCCCAUUCGGAGCAGUUUUCAUCGAACUAUUCUUCAUCCUGACUUCGAUCUGGCUGAACCAGUUCUACUACAUCUUCGGUUUCCUCUUCUUGGUCUUCAUCAUCCUCAUCAUCACAUGCGCUGAGAUCACCAUCGUCCUCUGCUACUUCCAGUUGUGCAGCGAAGAUUACUUGUGGUGGUGGAGAUCAUACCUCACAUCGGGCUCAUCGGCUCUGUACCUCUUCCUCUACGCCACAUUCUACUUCUUCACAAAGCUCGAAAUCUCAAAGCUGGUGUCGGCCCUCUUAUACUUUGGAUACAUGCUCAUUGCAUCUUAUGCAUUCUUUGUUGUCACUGGAACCAUUGGCUUCUACGCCUGCUUUUGGUUCACGAGGCUCAUCUACUCAUCGGUGAAGAUCGACUAGACAAAUAAACUCAAAACUGGGGCUCGGCAAGGUGUGAUAUCUCCUCUUCCUCUCCCCCUUCCCCAGAAGAUGCAAACAGAUGGUAAUAUCUCUUCAAGUAGUGUAAGAUUUUGCAAUUAACUUUGGAUUCUUGUGCUGUCGAAAAUGUAUCCUAUUUGUGCUCAAUUUUGAACCAUGACAAAAAGCCGACAAGGUCAUAUUUUCUUAUAUUUCUAUUUGUUUAUUUUUCAA